AGUGCAAUUCCGUGUGUCAAUCGGAGCGUGUGUUAAACCUCUUACAAGAAUUAUCCACGAGUUGUCGCGAAAUCAUCUCCCAAAAAACUACGUGAAAUGUGUCAAUCCAGAGCUUCCGGAAGCAUCCCACGUACCUUCAAAUGAUUCGAUUCCCUCGCUCAAGUGAAAUCCAGUGCAGAAAAAGUAUCUUCUAAUGUACCUGGGAGUGAUGGUGUGAAUUUUCAAUAUUGUACUAUCAUCAUAGUUGUAGUAACGUGUUCAAGAAAGGACAUUGGAACACUUUGCCAAGUCUCGAUACAAAAUUAAUGAAAAUGACCAACAUGACACUGUGGCUUCUGCAGUGGGAGUUGUAGAGGAAAAUCCCAGACUCUAGCUAUCACGAUUAUCCAUUUGCAGAUGGUGAGAGAGUGGACAAAUGUGAAAAAUGAUGUGUGAAAAUUGUGUAGGGGGGGAAUGGAUGUGACAAUGCUACCCUUGGGGCACCACUGAAAAAUCAACAUUGACUGAAUCACGUGCCAAGUGAAUGAAGAAAAUAUUCCCACAAUCAGCAUGAUCCGCAAUUCCAUUUAAUUGGGAAAAAAAGCCGGAUAGCCAACAAUUCAGAAGUGAGAUUGCAGAGAUUCUCGAGACUCAUGGUUCAAUCACAGCCACGCUCUGGGCGUACAAUUAUGCUGCUAAGAUAUUAAAUUCCACCGAAGUCUAUCCACCUCAGAAAUCCCAGCAGUGAGACUUACAAGUGCGAGGACGACCAAGGAAAAACAUACGAGAAAACCCCUAAGAUAAUCUCAAGUGCUCCAAGAAGACUGCCUAAAGUUCUCAUAACAGAGAAAAAAAGGUUUUUGUGAGAAAUUAGAAAGCAGAAGAGAGCUUCAGACAAAAUGAAAAUACUCUACCGGUUUCGUGUCUACAUAGGAUUCUGCCUCUUAAUCCUUCAGUCAAAAAUCAAAGAAAGCUUCACAUCAUCCACAGUGAAUCCCAUAGCCCUGCCCUAUUUCAAUUUUGAUGUGCAGCGAAAUGUUACCGUGACAGUGGGACAAACAGCCUUCAUCCAUUGCCGUGUUGAGCGUCUCGGUGACAAAGAUGUUUCGUGGAUACGAAAAAAGGAUCUGCAUAUUCUGACAGCAGGCACCUUAACUUACACGUCAGAUCAGCGAUUUCAGGUCAUCCGAUCGGAUAGCACCGGAAAUUGGACACUUCAGCUGAAAUACCCACAGAUUCGUGAUUCGGGGGUGUACGAAUGCCAAAUCAACACAGAACCAAAAAUGUCACUGUCUUAUGUUCUCAAUGUUGUAGAACUGAGAGCCACAGUACUUGGACCAUCUGAUCUCUAUGUAAAGUCGGGAAGCACCAUUCGAAUUGUUUGCCGAAUACCACAAGGACCACAUGAUCUGGGCAAUGUGUUUUGGUACAAAGGUGCUGAAUUGCUACAAGCAACACAUGCAAAUGAAGUUUAUGCUGACAAAACCCAAAGAAUAACAAUAGACUCUGAUUGGGUUGAUGGAUUGACUUCCAGAUUAAUCAUCCAAAUGGCUGUGCCCAGCGACACGGGAAAUUAUUCUUGUGUCCCCACAAGCGUUGCUAAACCCGGAAGUGUUUAUGUGCACGUAAUUAUUGGUGAACAUCCUGCUGCGAUGCAACAUAACUCAGCAGAAAGGACCACGAGGAUGGAAGCGCGUGAGAGGAUCUGUGCAUUUAUUGCUGUGACAUUUCUAGUUCAAUUUGCAAGCAACAUAUUUGGGUACUGGACUUCCUCAGCAAACCAUCCACCCACCGCCCAUCCUUCAAGUGUGAGAUGAAACUUUCACCAGAAGCUCCGGACAUUCUCCUUGGCUUUCAGGCAGCCGGAUGGAUGGCACUGGCACUUCCAUACAAUGCAAAAUUCAGAGGCAUUCAUCCCGAGAGGAAAAGCAAGAGAGAGUGAAGGGAAUGUGGGGUGGGUGUGAAUAUAUAAUUUGAAGAAAAUUCAAUAUUUUCCAAAGGGGAUGUGCAUUAAGUGGCUAUGAAGAACGCUGAACUUGUUGAAUUUCUUUUCUUACUAAAUUCACAUAUUGAAAUUUUUACUGAGCACACGAUGAAUGGUAAAAGAGAAGGAAAAAAAACUGACUAUAUUUCCUCAUAAAUGGGAAAAUCAUCAAUUUGUAGGGCAACCUGAAGAGAGAAAAAAGAGAGAGAAAUUAAUUCCAAGGGCGAAAUUCAUUUUCUUCGAUUAAUAUUAAUGAAAAAUCUCCUCCAUCAGGAAGACAAACAAGGAAAAGGACUGAAAGUAUAUGCAACAAACUCAAUUUUUCAGCUGCAUGUCACAGGAAUAUGAAGAAAACUUUUCUUGCACCAGAUAAAAAAAAGAAAAA